AUGUCCAGGAGAUCCGUCUCCCUCGCCACAACAGGUUCAUUUCAAGAAUCAACACCAAGACUGACACGGUCAUGGUUCAAAACCGCAGUGGCAUUCUUCCCCUUCCUAACACUGGUCAUCUCUGCGUGGCUCUAUGCCUUCCACCUCGACAAACUUGCCAACCAGUCCAUGGUCCGGUCCAAGGAAUUGAACCCUCACAGUACAAAGAGUACUCUUAAACAGGACACUACGUCUCCCUCGGAACAGGAUGGUGUUGUGAUCGGAGAUAGCAAGGAUAAUAUCUUUUAUUUCAUCCAGGUGUCGGACUUACACAUCAGCACUUUCAGGAAGGCGAGUACCGCCAACUUCUACACCUUUCUCUCAACCGCCCUCCCUCUCGUCGAACCUGCCUUUGUCGUCGUUACAGGAGACCUCACAGAUGCCAAGGACAAGCAGUUGGUCGGAUCAAUGCAAUAUGUCAACGAGUGGGUCACCUACAGAGACGCCCUCGAGGAGUCUGGCGUGCUGACGAAACGGAACGGGACCUUUUGGCAUGAUCUCCGAGGCAACCACGACUGCUUCAACGUCCCCAGCUGGGACAGCAAGGAAAACAUGUUUGCUGACAUGUCUGCAAGCAAGUCGCCCGGAUUCAUGUUUGAUGUCAGGACUGGGUAUGGCAAAUACGGAUUCAUUGGUAUUGAUGCCUGUCCCAAGCCAGGACCUGCUCGCCCCUACAACUUUUUUGGACUGUUUGAGACUCCCGAUAUGGAUCAUCUCUCGGAGAGGUUGACAUUGAGCGAAGGCAACAACCACACCUUUGUCUUCUCCCACUAUCCAGUUACGACGACCAUGUUUGGAGAGACAUCGCUUGGAGAGAGCUUUGCAGAUCUUUCAAAGUCGUUCAGUGUCUACAUGUGCGGUCACCUGCACAAAUUGAAGUGGGGUCUUGGAGAUGCCCUUCAGUCAUACCAGCCAACACACUUCUUGGAACUGGAGGUCGGAGAUAUGAAGCAGAACGGCUUGUACAGGAUUAUGGUUGUCGAUCACGAUAUGAUCUCCUUCACGGAUGUCUCAAUGCCCAUGACAACCAUCCCAUCUGCCAUCAUGUCUCAUAACAAAAACAAGCAGGAAGAGAACAUUUACGAGUCUGAGCAACAGGAGCAGGAAGAGGGCUCAGAGGAUCAGGGUGAGAUGAAGGAGAGAAAGAGGCCAGCCCUAGGACCUCGCUUGCCCACAAACCCCAUCAUCGUUGUGUCAAACCCCAAGGAUUCUCGCUACAUGAUUCCCAAGCACGAGCCUGUCAACAGGAUCUCUACCAGCACACAUAUCCGCUUUAUGGCAUGGACUGAUAGCCAAAUCCCUGAUGAUGAUCACCCUUUUGCUCGUGAUGAGAUCAAAGUUGAGAUCAGGAUCGACGGAAUUCUGCACGAUCGCCAAGCUCGCUUUGCAGGAACCAAGGCAGAAGACCAGACCGCCGAGGAUGAGUUUCUUCCGCUCUAUGUUGCUCCCUGGAACCCACAAGAUUACCAGGAUGAUAAGGACCAUGAGAUUGAGAUCAAGAUAGUGGAUCGCUUUGGUCGAGUUGGCAGCUCAAAGUCGGUCUUCAGGGUCGAUGGCAAGCGAUCAGAAAUGAAAGGAGGCUUUGCCGAGUGGAUCAUGUGGGCCAACAUUGCCCUCCUGUUGAAGGCACUGUUCACAACAGGAUAUCUCUCGGUUACGUUGCUGUUGCUCAUCUUGCCCAAGCUCUACUCGCUCUACCUCCAAACAUCACCCCCACCAGAGUACACCCCUCUGCAUAAGCAGGUUACCGACUCUACAUCAUCUCUUGCGGAACUGGACUCAACCACACCCCAGUUCAAGAACGGCUAUGAGGCAUGGAUUGACAGGAAGAGUCGUCACUUGUACCGACUCUCUUCAACUCUUUCUUCAUCGUCUUCAGGACACCGCUUCUGGAACCGCUUCGUCAACCAUACCAUUCACGCCCACAUUCUCCGCUUCGUCCAUUUUUCGACUCAGCCAAUCCUGUUCUAUUCGGCCUUGCUCUUCACGCUCAUGCUGGUGACGAUGCCACAUUUCUGGGGUAACUUUGUCCCAGCUGCAGGGGAACAAGGACAGGGUUACUUCUACCUUCAAGGAAUCUACCUGCCUCACGCCAACGGUCAUCUCAGUGGCGGACUUGGAGCAGCCAGCUUGGACCCUGAGGGACCUGGGCGUGUUCUUAAACCCUUGAAUGUUCUUUCAGGAGCCAUGUCGUCCUUGACUGGUGGCAGGAUCGGAACCACAUUCAGUGGACGUGAUGCAAAGCUGUAUGAUGGCGCAGGAGGCACAUGGAUCCCUAUGGCCGAUACAUGGAUGAGCACGAUUUGGACGGUCGUCUAUGAUUUGGUCAUCUUCCUGUACUACCUCACACUGUGCGCCACUCCUUCAGGAUACCUCUACUCGCCAUCAAAUGCGCAUCGUCUGCGACCCUACCAUCGUACGUGGUACAUCCGGUGCUUGAUUUUUGGUAUCUGGGUCUUCCGCUGCUGUUCGGUUCUCAUGACCGCUGAGCUGUAUGGACCUAGUGUCGUCUGGACAGGCAUUGGAACCUGGUGGUUGGUUGUUGUAGGGUGGUUGAUGUUUAUGGUCGGUUGGAGCCGGUCGCGGAUUGAGAGGGAUAUCUUGUUGAGGCGAGAAGACGAGGAACUGGAGGAGAUGGAGGAGAACGGUGGCGAUGUUGUGCAAGGCGGUGUUGCAGCGACCAAGAUGGCAAGGGAGCUGUCGUCGUCUGUAGAUGAUGAUGAGGAAGAGGCGUUGCUUCGAGAUGAUUCUUCAACGACGGGGUCUGAAGAGGGAACUGGAGGUCGCAAAGGCCGCCGGACGCCACGAUACCAUUCGACUGGAUCUGCAUUCUAUCAAGAACUCAGAGCUCUUAUGAAUCUGGAGGUGUUGCACAUGGAGCUAACGUCAAAGGAGAUUUCGGUGGAGAACAACAACGGCACCUUGAGGAUUGGAAACGACCCGAUAACCAACAUUCAGUGCAGGAGGAUUGUUGACGAUGACGACGACUGGACUGUCAACGACUAUAGCCACCAAACCGUCUGCAAGACGCUCCCUCCCAACAUGGACAAUGAUGGCCCACUACGACAGAACUGUGACCCAAACCUCCCCGUGGCCCUCUGCAUCCUCGCAAACACCUGCGGCUACAUCUCCAACACCAUCUGGUUCCUCGUCCUCCUCCCCCAACUCAUCAAGAACUUUCGUCGUCAAUCCACCACAGGACUCAGCUUUAUCUGGGCGUCCUGCAACUUCACCGCCAGUCUGAUCAACCUGUUCUUUAUCCUCGAUAUUCAGGUCCCGUUGUUUACGACAAUUAGUGGGUGGUAUAUGCCGAUUCUGGAGGCGGGGAUGCUGUUGCAGUUUGUGGCGUAUUCGAAGGUUUCGAAGAGGAGGAAGGUUGCGUUGGCGGGAGUUUCGCUAAUUGUGUAUGCGAUUGUUGUUGUGUUGGAGGUUAUGGAUGCUUUUGGAGAGGAGACGUCGUCGAAGAUGGUAUGGGGGUCAAUUGUCUUGUGGUCCAUCGAAACGUACUUCCAGGUCGUCCUCAACAUGCGCCGUCGCUCCGUGUCUGGCCAAUCGUACGUCUCCCUCGUCCUCUCUUUUAUCGGCAAGACGACGGAUGUGAUUAUGCAGUUCACGCUCCUGAUGCCGACGCAGUAUAUCUACAUGACUUAUUUCUCCUCGACUCUCGCAUAUUUCAAUUUUAUGCAAAUGAUUGUAUACACACAGCCGGCGAGGGUUUGGAGACCGGUGAUUGCGGUGAUGAGGAUCCCAGAGAUCAUCCAGCAAAUCGGGACACACCUCGACCCACCACAUCUCUACACCGCCGUCCGUGUCUGUCGCUCCUGGAACCAUGCCCUCGUUCCUUUUCUUUGGACCUCGAUCGACGACUCUCUUUACUCUUGGGCCAGGAUUUUGGACACUUUUAUGGAAAGACGACGGAUGGAUUCGGAUGAUGUCAGUGGAGGCGACUGGGUGAGAGGUGUGUUUCUGAAGUAUGGGCAUCUGGUCCAGCAUUUGCAUGUACAGAGGAGGGAGGUUCUGGAUGCUGUGUGUGUUACGCGGGCUUGUGUCGAGUUGAAGACGUUCAGGGUUAGGAAGGUCGAGCCAGUGAGGUGGCGGUUGCUGGAGCAUGAGUGGAUGUAUGAUCUGUCGGAGGAGGAGCAAGUUGAGAUGGCAGAGAUCCGGUGGAAGGAUGCUAUGGAGGGAGAUGUCGAUAGCUUGACAUUUCGACAUGCGUUCAACCCAAGGAGUUUGGAUCUGUCAAAGACUACGUUGGCGCAGAUGGAGGUCAACUGGGAGGUGACGAGGGAGUUCUGGAUGCUGUUAAGGGAGAAUCAGGGGCUGCAGGUCUUGAGACUGGAUGAGAGUUUGAAGGAGUUUAUAUAUGCGGUAUCGGAAGAAUACUUUUUGGAAACUUUGGCGUCGCUGAAGGAUUUAAAAGAUCUGGAGAACGAUUUUAUGCAGGUUGAUUUUGCUGCUGUCCUGCAAGUAGUUCCAGACUUGAAACGAUAUGCCAGACUCACCAAUCCUAGCGGUCCUCUCUCAUUGACCCAGCCCGUCCGGAGGCUCACCCACGUCGAAUUCAACAAACCAACCUCUUGUCAGGAACUACUCCAGUUUCUCAGGGACUCGCCCAAUCUCGAGUCGCUUUCGAUCCAUUCUCUAUGCAAUGCACCCUUGUUCGACGCCAACGACGCCGAGGCUCUGAUGGGCGAUAGUCCUAGUCAACUCCAGAGGCUGCAGAUCAAGGUGUUGAUGGGCACUGAUGUGUCACUUCUGGAUAAGGUGCUUCCUUGGAUACCGGAUCUGAGGACUAUACACUUGACACAGUUCUGCAGCAGCCAUGCCCGUCCUUUUGUGGAGCAUUGUUCGGCACUGACGACGAUUGAGGGGAGCAAUGUGGGGUCAAUUGUUCGAGCCACUCCUGGACGAUUGCAGGAGAACCAUGAGACUGGAGCCCUGGAGAGGAUGAUUAUGACCUGUCCGACUUUGAAGAAGAUUGACUGGAUCGGCAAGACGCUGCGCGAGAAGAGUUUGUGGGAUUAUGCCGGGGUCUGGCCAAGCUUGACCUACUUGCGCUGCCAGAUCGGAGGGUUGAGGGUCCGUACGGCCAGGUAUGAGAGAAUCUGGAAGCAUAACAAGGAUUUUCACGGUCCCUUCCAGACCUUAAAGAAGAGCGUGCUCGAGGAACGAGAGUUGAUCCGGCAAGAGCAACGGUUAGUCCUGAGUCGGAUUGGAUCCCUGCGCAAUCUCAAGACACUGGAUAUUGGCGCCGAUUUUCAGUUUCACGAGAACAAGAACAUGAACACGACGUGGAGGAAUGGAGGACAAGGUAGCAGUUGGGUUCAUAAGGAGCGUCCCCAGAUGCAUGAUUGUUUGCGACUGUCGUUAGAGAUGGGACUUGAUGAGCUUGCCGGGUUGAAGGAUCUUGAAGUGUUUGGGUUUGAAGGGAUCGAGCAUGAGAUCGGAGAGGCUGAGCUGCGGUGGAUGAAUAAGACGUGGAAAAAGUUGAGGGUAAUGCGUGGAUUGUGUGGGAGUGGAGAGUUGUUGUUGUGGGAGAAGAUGAGGGAGGAUUUCAGGAAGGAGCGGUUGUUGAAUUUUAUGAGGAGGUUGAGUCUUGAUGUUGUCCAUGAGCCUUCGAGUGUUUGUAUCAUGAUGCCCCUGGCAUAA